AUGAAGAGCCUGAGCCGGCGCUUCACGCUGAAAUCCCACAGCGUGGAGCUCAAGGGCGAGGAGAUCGAGGAGCUGCGGCGGAGCUUCGCCGCCGCGGACCUCGACCAGAGCGGCACGCUGGACCAGGAGGAGAUCUACAAGGUGCUGAGCGCCCACGCGAAGAUCUCCGAAGCGCAGGCGUCGAAGCUGAUGGAGGACGCGGACGCGGACAAGAGCGGCGCCCUGGACUUUGAGGAAUUCCUCGAGGUCAUCGCGACGUCGCGGCUGAAGAAGAACGCGGGGAGCUGGUGGCGGAGCUGGCUGCCCGCCGUCUUCCGGGAGAUCGACGAGGACCGGAGCGGCUUCAUCGACAAGACCGAGAUGCAGGCCUGCCUGAAGCGCCUCGGGGCCAAGGCGACGGCGAAGGAGGCCGCGCGCGUGCUCAAGGUCGCGGACCUCGACGGCAACGGCGUCCUGGACUUCGACGAGUUCCUC